AUGGAGGGAAAGGAAGCAGGUUCCAGGGCUGCGACUGUUCACAUACGAGAGGGCUGUUUGUCCAGGUCAGGAAUGGAAAUAAUUGACAGAGGGGAGCGCCUGUGCUGCUUGUCGGAGGACGGGUCUGCAGUGUGUGUGACUGAAAAUCAACCAGGAAACUGCUGGUCCUUCUCUGGGAGUCAGGGUCACGUCUUCAUCAAACUGUCCAAAGCAAUCUCUCCACACGCUGUUACGCUGGAACACAUUGCAGUGCGUGUGUCCCCUCGUGGAGACAUCAGCAGUGCUCCAAAGGACUUUGCUGUCUAUGGGAUGAAGGCAGAAAAUGAGGAGCAGGGGCUCUUCCUAGGAGAGUUCACAUACAGCCCUGCAGAACAUCCUUUCCAGACUUUCUGGCUGCAGAACGAGGGCUGGGACUCAGUGCGCUAUGUGAAGCUGGAGGUCCUGAGCAACUGGGGCCACCCAGAAUAUACAUGCCUCUACCGAGUCAGGGUCCACGGGCAAGAACCCUAA